UAUACGCCACAAUGACACUGACGUAAUCAAACUGCGCCGCUGACUACACGCAAGCAAGGGACCAGCAUGGCGGUUGAUAUGAGAUUACCCACUGUUCGGAAACAAUUAACAGAUUCUUUAUUUUCUGGAACAGAAGGAAAACACCUUGUAGUUCCAGGGGAUGUUAUUACAUCGGACACGGGAUUUAUGAGGGGCCAUGGUACCUACAUGGAUGAGGAGAAGCUGACGGCGUCGGUGGCAGGAGAGGUGGAGAGGGUAAACAAGCUCAUCUGCGUGAGGCCCCUGAAGACCAGGUUUAAUGGUGAAGUUGGGGAUGUGGUUGUGGGUAGAAUCACAGAGGUACAGCAGAAGCGCUGGAAGGUGGAGACAAACUCACGGUUAGACUCUGUGCUGCUGUUGUCCUCGGUCAACCUGCCAGGCGGCGAGCUGAGGAGGCGAUCAGCGGAGGAUGAGCUCACCAUGAGACACUACCUUCAGGAGGGUGACCUCAUCAGCGCCGAGGUGCAGUCCGUGUUCUCGGACGGCGCCCUCUCUCUCCACACCCGCAGUCUGAAGUACGGGAAGCUGGGACAGGGCGUGCUGGUGCAGGUAUCCCCUUCCUUGGUGAAGAGGCAGAAGACUCACUUCCAUAACCUGACGUGCGGGGCCUCCAUCAUCUUGGGCAACAAUGGAUACGUGUGGCUGUAUCCCACCCCAGGGCAUCUGGACGAAGAGGCCGGCGGUUACUACACCAGCAUGGAGCCCGUUCCUUUGUCGGAUAGGGAGGUGAUCUCCAGGCUAAGGAACUGCCUGCUUGCCCUGGCAGCCCACAAGGUGCUUCUGUACGACACCAGCGUGCUGUACUGCUACGAGUCCUCCCUUUCACACCAGAUCAAGGACAUUUUGAAGCCAGAGAUUAUGGAGGAAAUUGUGAUGGAGACUCGACAAAGGCUGGAAGUUCAGGAGGGCUAGAGGGUAAACCAAUUUGGGUGUGAGGAGAUGGACCCUGUUUGCAAUCAUCCCAAAGCCUUGAGACUCUGGGUGCAGCUACUUUUCCUGAAAUUCAUAACAGAGCCCAGUGUUUACUCAACGGAACCUGGAUUUCCUGUACCAAUUUUUUUACCUCCUGAAACAUCUUUCAACCUUGAUGUGGAGGGAUUAAAUCUGUAUUUACCUCCUGCUAGUGAAUAGCUGAUAAGACUGCUUUCAGGUGCAAUGCAGUAGAUACAACAGUAUUCAUUAAAAUAUGUUUUUGUUUUCAAAAUGUCCUGAAGGUUGGUAGAUUUGAGCAGAUACAUGGAGCAAGAUAACUUUUUAUUUCAAGUUCAGUGUUUACUGCACUUCUUUUUGUAAUGUGUACACAAUCGUCUUUCUGUAUUAAAUAAAACAUUUAACUUAAA